AUGCACCUCGUAAUACAUGCGUAAACAGCACGUUAUUUUUUAGUGAGACAAAAUAACUAAAGAGGGAAUAUUUGAAAUAAGACGAGUGCGUGGUCCUUGCAUUCACUAUUAAAAUGUUUUCCGUCGUAAAGUUUAAGUUGGACCGUUCGGUGCAAUUAGUGCCAUCAAGCUGGAUAAGUGCUGAUAAGCGCCUUUGUUCUUGGCCACCUGGCCCAAGUAGUAACGUCACAUCAUUAAUAAAGAGAGCUGAGAAGCCAAAAAAGUCCUGGCCAAAGUUGGAUGUCACAUGUUGGAAAACUGCAGAUACAUUUCUAGAAGGACGACAAUUGGAAGAAGCUGCCCGAUUUACUGGUGACCUGGACACUUCUGACGCAGAGGGCGGGGAAGAAAAUAAUCCUCCCAAAAUCCUACCAUUAUCUCUUAUGACCGACGCCAACCAAGAACAAGGCGAGGAAGUGUCGCAAAUUGGUGUUACAGACGACGGUUCAAGUCUUGUAGCUGUGGGAGGAAAUGUGUUCCGACUCCAGCUCUUUAAUGGAGAGGAAAUGACUACUGGAAGUCGCUCACAGAUUGACCCGAAUUCCGACAAUCCAUGUGGAACAGGAGGUGAUCUGGUUGGCCAACCUGAAGGCGGUAUCAUUAGCCAUGACGGACAACAGAAUGACAACGCCGGGUCGUCGGGCUCAACCAGAAUAAUCCCAAAUUUAGAUGCCAUUUGUAUGAGACAGUUAGCUUUAGAGGAAACGAUUGCAAAAGAGUUAUCAUCAAUUAAAGAGGAUAUUCGGACUAUCUUGGCUCAUCUGGGGACAAGUUUUGGGGAACCAGAAGUCACUCUUCCUGUGGAGAUUCCUCUGCAAUCGGAAGCUGACAUUGCCACCCUUGAGUCAUGGCUUGAUAAGACAAAUUCCGAAAAUCUGACUCGCAUUUGGUCAGUGGAUGGAGGGAAAAGGACGCAAAAAGUUGUUUCCGGCAUUUUGACAAAGGCGCUAUCUUCUGAAUUGGCAGCGAAAAUUAAUUUCACCGGUGCUAACGAUAAGAUUUAAAUGACAAUUUAAAUGUAAGUGUACAUAGUAAUACUUUAGUGGUAGCCUGUGCAGAAACAUUCACAGUUAACCCACGUAAUAAUGUAAAUAUCAAUGUAGAAAGUUAUGUAGUAGAUCAGGACGAAGAAAAUCCAUUACCCUUAUCCACAUCUAAUCUUUCAAACGAUUUAAAAAGGUGGAGUCUAAAUCAUAAUAUUUCACACGUAGCACUAGAUGAUUUAUUGAAAUUAAUGAUUGCCAACUUUCCAGACACAGCUCUUCCAACCUCCUCUAAAACUUUAUUAGGAACGCCUAGACAUAUUGCAGUUAAAUAUAUUUCUGGGGGUCAAUAUUAUUAUUUUGGAGUUGAGGAGCAAAUUAGAUUAGUUCAUAAAAUUUACGAGAAAAUAUUUAUAAAUAUUAGUCAGGUUACUUUAACAAUUGGUUGCGACGGGUUUCCGAUUUACAAUAGCUCAAGUAAACAAAUGUGGCCUAUUUUGAUAAAAAUUGAUCAAAUUUCACAAUGUCGUCCAUUAUUGGCAGGGUUAUUCUGUGGUGACAGUAAACCAUCCAAUUUAAUUGAGUACUUAAAUCAAUUUACCACUGAAAUUGACCAACUACAAACGCAUGGAAUAUAUUUAGGUGACAAGCAAAUUAAUUUUUCCAUUCGUUGUUUCAUUUGUGAUGCCCCAGCCAGAAGUUUUCUAAAAUGCACCAAAGGUCACUCUGGUUACAAUUCUUGUGAACGAUGCGACGUUCAUGGUGAUCAUGAAGGUCACAUCAUAUUUCCAACAAUUGUAGGAAAUUUAAGAACAAAUCUAUCAUUUCGAAGUAGAACUGACCCACGCCAUCAUCACGCAGAUUCACCUCUAUUAAAAUUAAACGUCGACUUAGUCUCUGGCUUCGUACUCGACUAUAUGCAUUUAGUAUGCCUUGGUGUAAUGAGAAAAUUAAUUAAUUUAUGGUUAUCGGGACCCCUGAAAUGUAGAAUAUCAACGACAAAUUCAAAGCAAAUUUCUGAGUAUCUUAUAAAAAUAUCCAGCAAUUUUCCAGAUGAAUUUGCACGACGCCCACGAUCAUUAAUUCAUGUAAAUAGAUUUAAGGCCACCGAAUUUAGACAAUUACUUUUGUAUACGGGACCUUGUGCAUUUAGAUCAGUUUUACCGGAUAAAUAUUUUCGACACUAUUUACUUCUACAUACCGCAAUGUACAUAUUAUUAUCCAAAAGUGCUAACAAUUCUGAAUGGAAUUCGUUUGCGAAAUCGCUCUUACUAAAAUUCGUCACACAAAUGUCAGAACUUUAUGGGUCUGGUUCAAUUGUAUACAAUGUUCACUCAUUGUUACAUAUUGCAGAUGACGCCUUAAAGUUUGGAUCACUUGAUAAUAUAAGUGCUUUCGAAUUUGAAAGUCAUCUUUGCUUUCUAAAGAAAGCAAUUCGGGGGAAUAAUCUCCCUUUGCAACAAGUAGUAAAAAGAGUAAAAGAGUGGGAGGCUUGUGUAUUCCAGGAUUCUGUUAUUGUUAAUGAGAAAAAGGUGAAAAAUGAACCGAACAAAAAUGAAGAGUUUAAAAAAUUUAGAUAUAGAAAAUAUAUUAUUGGCACAAAAAUGGGAAAUAACUGUUUUUUAUUAAAAAAUAAUGACCUUGUUAUUGUCAAUAGAAUAUAUAAGGAGAAUUGCAAAGUUAUGAUUGAAUGUAAAAAAUUCACAACAAGAACUGCAGUUAAAAUUAUCCUAUUAAUACCUCUAUUUUAAAAAUAUUUAAUGUGUCAUUAAGAAAUAUAUCCAGGUGUACGAAUAAUGUAGAAAAUAUUUGUCAGAAAUGUGUCCUAAUUCCAGUAAAAAGUAAUUCUAUAGAUGAGUAUUUUUGUAUUCCUAUGUUGUGAAUAAUUAAAAACGUGGAAUAUUAUUUAAAUUUA